AACACUCUGUGGUAGGCCAGAACACAGGCCCCAGUCCAAGUCCCAACCCCUGCUCAAAUCCAAACACUGGAAGUGGUUACAUGAACUCCCAGCAAUCACUGUUGAAUCAGCAAUUGAUGGGAAAGAAACAGACUCUACAGAGGCAGAUUAUGGAGCAGAAACAGCAACUUCUUCUCCAGCAGCAGAUGCUGGUUGACGCGGAGAAAAUUGCUUCACAAGAUCAGAUAAACCGACAUUUGACAAGGCCACCUCCAGAUUAUAAAGACCAAAGAAGAAAUGUGGGCAGUAUGCAGCCUGCUGCUCAGUAUUCUGGUGGUUCAUCAACAGUGAGUUUAAACUCUAAUCAGGCUUUGGCAAACCCAGUUUCAACACACACCAUUUUAACUUCAAAUUCCAGUCUAAUGUCUACUUCUCAUGGGACAAGAAUGCCAUCAUUAUCCACAGCAGUUCAGAACCUAGGGAUGUAUGGAAAUCUGCCUUGUAAUCAACCUGGCACAUACAGUGUCACUUCAGGAAUGAAUCAAUUGACCCAGCAGAGAAACGCAAACCAUUUGAUAGCAAAUCAAAACAAUGCUCUGAUGCCACGGCCACCUACCUUAGGGCCAAGUAAUAAUAACAAUGUUGCCACUUUUGGAGCGGGAGCGGUUGGCAAUUCACAACAAUUGAGACCAAAUAUAACCCAUAGUAUGGCAAGCAUACCAGCACAGAGAACAUCAAAUGUAAUGAUCACAUCCAACACAACAGCACCAAACUGGGCCUCUCAAGAAGCAGCAACCAAACAGCAGGAAGCCCUGAAGUCCACAGGAGUUCGCUUCCCUACAGGUACACCUGCAGCCUAUGCCCCAAAUCAGUCAUUGCAACAGGCAGUAGGUAGCCAGCAAUUUCCCCAGAGGGCAGUGGCUCCUCCUAACCAGUUAACACCAGCAGUGCAGAUGAGACCCAUGAACCAAAUGAGCCAAACAUUAAAUGGGCAAACCAUGGGUCCUCUCAGGGGUCUGAAUCUCAGACCCAAUCAGCUAAGCACACAAAUUUUGCCUAAUUUGAAUCAGUCAGGAACAGGGUUGAAUCAGUCAAGGACAGGCAUAAGCCAGCCGCCUUCCCUGACACCCAGCAAUUUUCCUUCACCCAAUCAAAGUUCCAGGGCUUUUCAAGGAACUGACCAUGUCAGUGACUUAGCUUUUGACUUCCUCAGCCAACAGACUGAUAACAUGGGCCCUGCCCUAAACAGUGAUGCUGAUUUCAUUGAUUCUUUAUUGAAGACAGAGCCUGGUAAUGAUGACUGGAUGAAAGACAUCAAUCUUGAUGAAAUCUUGGGGAAUAACUCCUGAAGGAGAAAGGGGAGACAAUUUUCAAACUUCAAGCACUAAGAGGCAGUAUUUUACAAGGACUCUGAAAAGACCAAACUGUUGACUUUCAAAUGAGCUGCAUGAAGAUACCAUGGCUUAAAAAUGGAAAGCAGAAAGAAACUGUAGUGGUGAACAUUUUGGUCUAAAAUCUUGUUUUAAAUCUCAAACCUGAAAGUAAAACAUUGGGAUCACUUUUCCCUGUCUGAACUCCAGGACACAGUAUCCAAUCUAUCCAAACAGAACUGUGAUGUUGAUGUGUAAUUAACUGUGUAAAAUAGGCUUUCCAAGCUCCUUUUUCCCCCUGAAAUUAAAGUAAUAGAACUUGUAGCUUGUUUAAACCCCAUGUCAUAAGGUGGUACUAGUUCCAAGCAACAAGCAAAAAAUUCCUUAAUUUGCUCUAAUAAUCUGUGUGGUUUAAUCUUUCCACUCUGUCUUUUCGUUUAAUUUUCAUAAAGCUUGCAGGAUAGAUUGAAAUGUUAUUGGUUUGUUUGGAGUAACUGAACAGUGUCCUAAGUAAAGGAAAGCCAGAGAACCUAGAAAACAUCCAGUAGAUUAUAGAAUUUCUUCCCUAGAUUCACCCAUUACUUUUGCAGUUUUCUCACAUAUCCUGUACUUCAGUGGAAUGCUGCCUCUAGUGAUGAAACAAGACUGUAGAGCUGUGUAACCUGGUUUUGGCUUUCACAACCAAUUUCUGAAUCCAUUCCCAACCAAGUUUUAGAUACAACCAAGACUAGACUUAAUCAUACUGAAAUAUUGGUGCACACCUGUCUGCAUCAGAUUUCACUUAAAAAAAAAACCCAUUAGACAUUGCUAUGAGAUUUAUUUAGCCACAAAAAAUCUGGGGUGUUGCUUAUUGUGCUUAUGCCCACUGUUUUGUUCCAAAGUUGAGUGAAAUUGAGCCUUGUCCUCCCUACUUAUUUUUAUGACCAGAGUCUGGUUUGUAAGAAAAGGCAAUUUGGAGAUCAAAACUGAGAUUAGAAGGUAUCAUGUUUUUGUUGGAGAUAAGACUCAAGGGUGGCAAGUAUAACUAGGUACAAAUCUAUUUCACAGGGUUUGAAGGAAAGCAUGAUUGAGAGGGAAAACAAUCUGUCCCUUAUUGGGCAUAUUAUUUGGAUUUGAGUGAACAGCUAAAUAGAAUGUAAUCCAUUAGUAGCGAUCUAUUCAUUCUUCUGUCUCUGAUGUGAUGAAUCAUUGCCACAUGCUAGAUGGACCCUUCAUAUCCAGGUUUUCUUCCUCAGGGCUGAGCACUACAUCAAAGAAAGAGUUUUUGUUGAGUAAUUCAACCUUAGUGCUCACAUACAGAUCAGCUGUGAAAUGGGGAAGACGUGUGCUGAUUUGGAAUGGAUGCAAAAUACCACUAUCAUUUUUCUAAUUACAGAGGAACAAGGAUAUCUUCAACCCUUUCAGGUAUACACUUACAUGUUCAAAUAUCAAAUUUAAUUUAACUUAAGUCAUUUAAUAACCAAGUCUUUAAAUAUCUGUUCAAAAAAGAACACAUUUUGAUAGUGUGUUCUGUAAAGCUUUCUCCCAAUCUUUAAAAUGUCUAGAAGCACUCUCCUUUUUUACAUUGUACCAACAUCACUGGCCCAAAAUCUUUUCUGUGCUAGCUUGUAAAUAUAAAUAAAUUACUUGUUUUGUAAACUUUUGUAAAGAAUAUUUUGGUAGAAAUACUUAAAACAUAUUCUUUGGGUUAUAUUUAUACAUAUGUGAAAUAAAUAUACUAUCAAAAGGUUAUAUUUUAUACAAAAAGUAAAUUGUUACCUUUUGUAUGCUAAUAUACAAAGUUUUGUAUAAUAUGAUGGUUUAUUUUUAGCUCUCCACUUAAACCAUAGGUGGUCAAGUGGGAACUUUUAAAAACUAUCAAGAGGCUUGUUAGACAAAUUUAUAUACUGAAACCUCAAUAAGAAAGCAUUCCAGGUUUCAAUCUUUUCCUUUUUUUCCUGUUCCCACAUUAUUUUUUAAAACCCAUAGUUGUCUUAUUUGAUUAUUGACUAUUCUGCUGUGCACAUUGUAUUGGUCCUUGUUGCAUGUCGUCUACUGUGUGUUUUUCCAUUUUAUAAAACAGUGUUUCUCCAUGCAAAAAGAAAGAAAAAAAAUGAUGUACAUAUAAACACUUUUAUUUUAUGACUCCUCCAUGUUACUGUAUAUAUCUGCCAGCACUUCCUAGUUACACUCCUGUGAUUCAGCUUAUUUUUACCCUAACAUAAAUAGUAUGUUUUGUAGUAGUUAUCAAAUUUAAGAGAUAAAGCAAUCAGAAUGUUUGGAUUUUCUUCUAUAUUAAUGUGAAUUUCAUAAUUAAUGUCUAUUUAUUCAGCUAUUCAUUAAAAUACAGGAUUCUUUGGAAAAAA